CAUCUGUCAACAUGGCGGCCAAUAUUUUUUAAAGGACCAUUCCCUCUCUUUCUCCACCUUCUCCCUUUUCUUCUUCUUCUUCACCAACCUAACCCUUAUAUUUAUCUCUCUCUCUCUCUCUCUUUCUAUCUCUACACUCUUCAAUCCUCAUCGUAUAUCGGUGCCGGAGAAGUUUUUCGGUUCUUCGUGAUCCUCGGAAUAUUUACACUGCCCGAAUUUUGGAUUUUGAAGCAAUAAAUUUUAGAAUUAUGAUGAAUUGUAGGUUUAUGAAUAACGCGUUAAUUACUGAUCAAGAAGAUACUGAGAAUAGUACAGAAAGCGGGCCAGAGUCGCCUCCUUCUUCGAGCGUGAAGAUGGCUUCUAUUUCUUCGCCGAGGAAAAGCAAACGAGCAAUACAAAAACGAGUAAUUUCGAUUCCUAUUAAGGAUUUAGAGGGUAGGAUGAAGGGUGAAAGUGCUCCACCGCCGUCGGAUUCUUGGGCAUGGAGAAAAUACGGUCAGAAACCGAUCAAAGGUUCACCUUACCCCAGAGGAUAUUACAGAUGUAGCAGUUCAAAAGGUUGUCCGGCGAGAAAACAAGUAGAAAGAAGCCGCGUGGACCCUUCAAUGUUGGUCGUCACUUAUUCUUGUGAACAUAACCACCCAUGGCCGCCGCCGUCAAAAAACCACCACCACCACCACCAUAAUAACACCAAACACAACUCAAGAACCGUCAAACUAGAAACCCUAACUCUCUCUAAAGAGCCAGUUCAAACCCCUGAACCCCAACUCGAACCAGAACCUGAACCGGAAGAAAAGUUCACUGAUCUCGGUGACGACUCACUCAUAACCACCGACGAGUUCAGCUGGUUCGGAGAAAUGGAGACAACUUCUUCCACCAUACUCGAGAGUCCGAUAUUUGCGGAGGAGACGAGUGCUACUAGAGAAGUAGAGGCGGCGAUAUUUUAUCCGAUGAGAGAAGAGGACGAGUCACUGUUUGCCGAUCUCGGUGAGUUGCCGGAGUGUUCCACGGUGUUUAGGAACCACCGUGAAGUGGGCCCGCAAGUCCAGAUCUGCUGACAGGGUGUUCAUAUACAUAUAUUAUUGUUGUUAUCAAACAAGCUCGAGGAAUUAUAAAAUUUUCAAAGGUGGGCGUAUCGUGCACCGUAAGAUAACAAAAUCACAGGAAAUUAAAUUUCAUUUGGUUGCAUUUUUUAAUUAUUAAUAUUGGCUUUUAUUUUAUUUUAUUUUAUUUUUUUCGAGCUUUGAUUUCAGUGUAGUAAAUGAAUAAAAAUAGUCCAUUUCUGAA